GUUUUGGAGCAUGUCAUCAAUCGCAACAAAAAGUGACGAGCAGGCAAAAAAGCCUCGCUCCGUCAUUCCCUUCCACCUCGCCCGGCGGCCCAGCAAUUGAGUGCCGCCCACGCUCCCAAUGGCCUCGAGUCGGUAGCCCAGUUUCCCUUCCCCCGACAGCCUGUGCACGCGCCGCCUUAUAUCUACAGGGGCCGCCAUGUUUCCCCGCCUGCGCCCCGGCCUCGGCCUCGGCCCCGGUAGCCGCCUUAUGCAGCUGUCGCUGUCGCGCUGCACCGCCGCCCUGCCUCUCCUCCGCCGAUCCUUCUACCUGCCGUCGCACCCGUCCCGGCCUCUCAACGCCGCACUGGCAGGCAGCGGCCGCCGCAUGACAGCAACAACAGCCCCAACCACCCUCGCCGCGGCCGCGCGCUCCCUCCGGACCGCCCCCUCCCCGGGGGGGCGCCUUCCAGCCCCUGGUCCCCCCGAGCCCCGCCUCGCUCGGCCGCCCGCGCACGGCCCGCACGUACGACGGCGCGCGGCGCUGGGGGUGGCGCCUGCUCCUCGCCGCCGCCAUCCUGGGCGCGGGCUACGGCCUCGACCGGCGGGUCUGGGCCUCGGGCGUCUCGCGCUCGCUGCGCACCUACGCGACGGGCCUGCUGGUCGCGCUGGACUACAAGCUCAACUUCCGCGCCGUGCCGCUGCUGUCGUGGCUACCGUGGUCGGGCGAGCCCGCGCCCGUCGAGGAGGUGCACCGGCGCAACGCCGAGCGCCUCUCGGGCCUGCUGCACGAAAACGGUGGCCUGUACCUCAAGAUCGGCCAGGCCAUCGCCAUGCAGAGCGCGCUGCUGCCGCCCGAGUUCCAGCGCAUGUUCGCCCGCAUGUUCGACGACGCCCCCAGCGUCGGCUGGGACGAGGUCGAGAGGGUCGUGCGCGAGGACUUUGGCGGCCGCUCGCCCCAGGAGGUCUUUGGCGUCAGCUUCGCUGGCGCCGACGGCCUCGGCGCCAUGGAGCGCGAGGCCCGCGCCAGCGCCAGCGUCGCUCAGGUCCACUGGGCGCGCCUGCCCGACGGGAGGGAGGUCGCCAUUAAGAUACAGAAGCCCGAAAUUGCGAAGCAGAUAGGGUGGGAUCUGUGGGCGUUCAAAGUCGUUAUGAAGGUAUAUACAUGGUGGUUCGAACUGCCAUUAUACGGCAUGGUUCCCUUCGUCACGGAGCGGCUGCAGCUGGAGACGGACUUUAUCAACGAGGCCAAGAAUUCGGAGACGAUGCGGCAGCUGAUCCAGGAUGAGCCGAGCCUGCGCGGGCGUGUGUAUGUGCCCAAGGUCUACGAGGAGCUUAGCUCCAAGCGCGUCAUGACGACCGAGUGGAUCGAGGGCGUCCGUCUCUGGGACCGCGACGCCAUCACAAACCCCUGGUACGGUGGCAACGGCAAGGGCACCCCGGGCGUCAACGGCGCCCCGCUGACGCCCGCCCCCGACAUGGCCGCCGUGCGGGCCGAGCUGCAGCGCAGUCCGGACAGCAACCGACUCAAGCCGGAGCGAGAGGGCUGGAGGGGCCGCCGCGGCACGGGCGGGCUCGGCUUGUCCAAGAAGGAGGUCAUGGGCACCAUCAUCGACCUCUUCUCGGCUCAAAUAUUCAAGUUCGGCGUGGUGCACUGCGACCCCCACCCGGGCAACAUGUUUGUGCGGCGCCUGCCAAACGGCCGGGCCGAGAUCGUGCUCAUCGACCACGGUCUCUACGUUUACAUGUCGGAGACGUUCCGGCGGCAGUACGGCGAGUUCUGGCGCGCGCUCAUGUCGUUUGACAACGCCGCCAUCUCGCGCAUCUGCGGCGAGUGGGGCAUCGGCGGCGCCGACAUGUUCGCCAGCGCGACGCUCAUGCGGCCGUACGAGGGCGGCGACGGCACCUACCGGCGCCAGCUGCUGCUGGGCGAAGGCAUGGAGCACAUGACGGAGCGCGAGCGCCGCGUCGAGACGCAGCGGCGGAUGAAGCAAGCCAUGCGCGACAUGCUGACCGACGAGGAGCGCUGGCCGAUGGAGCUCAUCUUCAUCGGCCGCAACAUGCGCAUCGUGCAGGGCAACAACCAGCUCAUGGGCUCGCCCGUCAACCGCAUCAAGGCCAUGGGCCGCUGGGCCAGCCGGAGCCUGGUCGAGGACCGCGCCGCGCCCUGGCGGGCAAGGCUGGCCGCCGCCUGGAGGCACUACGUCGUCCUGCAGUCCUUCCUGCUCGCGUCCGACGUGCUCUUCUACUUCUUCAGGAUCCGACAGCUGCUCGGCCUCGGUGGCGGCAUGGAGGAUGAGGUCGAGGCCAGGAUGAGGCAGAUGGCGGGCGAGUACGGCGUCGAGCUGCAGCACAACGUGUUUGAGGGGUGAAGUGGGCGAGACUCUGUCGAGGGCAUGUGCCGGAUCUGCUCCACGCCACCAUUAAUGCCGUAUAGGUGAGGAUCCUAGACUCUCGGGAUGUGAGGUUUGUUGUAAGAUAUAUGUAGAGGCUCUGACGUGUCAUGAUUCUGCGCGUAUAUACCUAGACGGAGAGGUGGGCGUCUUGGCGCGAUUCUCUAGACUGGCCCAACGGUGGGUCGAUACCCUGUAAAACAAAAGAUAUGAAUAGACAGAUAGGCGAGGAACCAGUACAAGGUCUAGUGAGGCCAUUGUAUCA